AUGGUGCCGCUCAGCGAGAAAGCGAAGGGAAAGCGCAGAGCUGUCGACGUUGAUGCGCAAGGGGCUUCGUCGUCGUCGAGUACAGCUCAGCCGCAGGAACGCCAGCUCGUUGUGCGCUUCACCGAGGGCGCCGACCUCACCAUCACCAUCGACCAGCUGGACACGGUCAAGGACGUUCUGAGCAAGAUUAGGACCCAACGUCCCGACUUGCGCAACCGGCGCCUGCGCCUGAUUUACGCUGGGCGCCUACUCACCAACGACGUCUUUGUGUACCAGCAUCUCGCGGCGGCCGAUGAGCGAGCGCGGAGAAGAGAUGCGGCAAAGCUGGACGCUGGAGGGGAUCAACACGAUACCCAUAACACCUGGAUACAUUGCAACGUCGGCCCUGAGAUACAGCCAGGCGAAGAGGAAGAGGGGGAGGCUCGCAUUCAGACAUCACAGAUCCAAGUAGUCCGCGGCUUCGACCGACUCGCCUCCCUCGGGUUUUCAGAAGCAGACAUCGCCAACUUCAGGCGCCAAUUCCACGGCCGUCUGGCCAAUCUCUCAGACACCGACUUCGCAACCGAGGAAGAAUACCGUGAUUACACCCGCACGCUCGAAGAACAAUGGAUCGAUUCCAUGGACGGCGGGGGAGCCGGAGAUCUCACCCCUGCAAAUGCAGCAGCAAGCUCAACCCCAUUGCAAGGCUUCCUCAUGGGCUUCUUCUUCCCCUUGCUGCCAUUCUUCUUUAUCGCCGUUCCUCAGCCUGCAGCGUUCUGGGACGAUGGCCGCCCGCUGGAAUCCCAGGAUAGCGUCGUGUUCUCCACAAGUAUGCGAAUAUGGAUAGGCUUCGGGUUCGUGGCGAACAUCACGCUGGCACUGUGGAGGGUGUUCUUCUAUGAUGCUGUCGAGUAG